CUGUCGACUAUCUGGCAACCCUGACCUGGUCAGAUCAUGUGUAAACGUUGUAACUGAACCGAGUUCGACGGCUGGGUGGGCCUAGCAAAAACUCCUGAUCAUUAUAAUUAUUUCUGCUUAUUAACAAUGAGGUUCCGAUUCUGUGGUGAUCUUGAUUGCCCUGAUUGGGUAUUAGCAGAAAUAAGCACAUUAUCAAAAAUAACAUCAGUUAAGAUGAAGCUACUGUGCACUCAAGUUAUAAAGGAUAUGCUGGGAGAAUCAAUCGACUAUGAAAAAGUCUAUAAGUUGACAUCAGAUGCUAAAUAUGAAACAAGUGAUGUAAAAGCAGCCAUAGCAGCUCUAAACUUCAUUUUCAACAGUGCCACCAAGUACGAUGUUGAUGGCGAUUCAUUGUCUAAUGAACUUCAACAACUUGGUCUUCCAAAGGAGCAUGCAAGUUCAUUAUGCCGAUCAUACCAAGAUAAAAAAUCUGUCUUAGAAAAGAAAUUUAGAGAGCAGAGCCUCAGACUAUCAAGAUUGGAAUCUGUUGAGUGGCGGGUAGACUAUAUAUUGAGUUCCAGUGAACUCCAAGAGGUUAACGACCCCUGCGUGCAGCUGAAGUUGAAUAUUGCCAACUCAGAGAAGACGGAAACAGAUUCUAAAACAUUUACAAUGGAUGCCAAUAAAUUUAGGAUAUUUUUGUCGGAAAUGAAACAGACAUUGAAAAUGAUGGAAAGUCUCUGAUAGGUCCUCUCCCAACAAGUAUCUGUAUUGUUGAAAAGGACCAACAAACUAGAAUAUUCAAAUUUUGCCUAAAUUUUGAGUUUCAAUUUUGCAGAUUUUAAAUAUUAUAACAUAUAUAAUUACAUAUCUUCGUAUUAUGGACAAGUAGUACUUUUUGAUGAGGUAGGCAAUCGAUUGGCUCCUUGAAAUAGGUAGCCCCAUGGGAGU